GUCAAAGGUAUAUCUCUCAAUUUGCGUGUAUAGAUUUGAAGCGCAGUCCUCCACCAUGCCUGGUGCUGUUCAACAAGUCCGCUCUCGUGGCAUCUACCAUGCCCUGCCAACCUACCCCCCAGAUGUCAAAGACCUGACGGCUGUCGUGACCGGCGCCAACGGCAUAUCGGGAUACUACAUGCUACGGGUCCUCUCCCAGGCUCCCGAGCGCUGGAAGCGCAUCAUCUGCCUGAGCCGGCGUCCACCCCUGGUCCCAGGCGGCCUGCCCAAAAACGCCGAACACAUUGCGUUGGAUUUCCUGAAGAAGCCUGAGGAGAUCGCGGCCGUGCUUAAGUCCCAUAACGUCGACCGGGUGGACCACGUCUUCUUCUUCUCGUACAUCCAGGUCGAGCCCAAGCCGGGCCAAGGACUAUGGAGCGACGCCGAGGAGAUGUGCCGCGUCAACACGCUGUUGCUGCAAAACUUCCUGGGCGCGCUCGUCCACGCCCAGAUCACGCCCAAGCGCUUCAUGCUCCAGACCGGCGCGAAGAAUUACGGCGUGCACCUAGGCCCGACCAAGCUGCCGCAGGAAGAGUCGGACCCGAGGGUCGAGCUGGAGCCCAAUUUCUACUACCCCCAGGAAGACGCGCUGUUCAAGUACUGUCGUGAACAGGGCGUCGGGUGGAACAUCCUCAUGCCUGGACCCAUUCUGGGUGCCGUCCCGGACGCGGCGAUGAACGCGGCCUUCCCCCUGGCGGUCUACGCCAGCGUCUGUCGACACAUGCAUACUCCGCUCGAGUUCCCCGCAGACGUUGUGUCGUGGCAGGCGUUUUGCAGCAUGUCGAGUUCGAUGAUGAAUGCGUAUAUGGAGGAAUGGGCAGUCUUGACCCCGGGGGCGGAGAAUCAAAAGUUCAACGCUUGCGACAAUAGUGCCUUCACUUGGGAAUCUGCCUGGCCCAGGAUUGCGGGCUGGUAUGGGAUUGACUGGACAGGGCCCGAUGACAACGCAGAGCACGUCGCACGUGAAACACGCUUCAAUCCCCGGGGGUAUGGCGCGAAAGGCGUCUCACGCAGAAGAUUCACGUUUGCCGAGUGGGCAAAAAGGAAAGAGGUGACACAAGCGUGGAGGGAGAUCGCAGAGCAAAAUCAGCUGGCCCAGAAGGAACUGAAGGACGUUGAUCGCGUAUUCGGUUUUCUGGAUGGCACCCUCUGUCGUGCAGCGCCCCUUGUAUUCUCGACCGACAAAGCUCGAAAACUCGGCUGGCACGGUUUCGUCGACUCUGCAGAAUCACUGUUGGAAGUAUUUGAAGACUUUGCCAAGUUAAAGAUGAUACCGCCUGUGCCCAAGGUAGAAGUCAAGUUCAAUUGA